AUGGCCCCUGAAGGAAAGGGUGAUAGGGCUCACUCUGGCCCCGAGGCCGAGCCCAGGAGACCAGAGCCCAGAAGACCAGAACCACCGUCGAUCCACCCGUCAUUUAUCCAGGUCGCCAAGCCUUAUAUUUUUGAGCAGACUAUCCAUGAUUGUAUUGAAGCAAUGGGAGUGAAUCCCAUGCGGGAAGAAUCUCUACGGCUACAAGGCGUGUCCUGGAUUGACAACGUGCGAAAAGUGCUUCAUUUACCUGUGCGAACUUUCAAUACGGCUGUCAUGUACUACCACCGGUUCCGGCUUGUGCAUCCAGACAAUGAAUAUAACUUCAUGGAUGCCGCAGCUGCAGCUCUGUUCACUGCAUGCAAGAUCGAAGACACAUUGAAAAAGUCGCGUGAGAUUGUAUGCGCUGCAUACAACCUCAAGUUGUCACCCUCCGAGUACCUUCCCCCAGAUGAUCCUCUCUUUGAGACUAACGCCCGUGGAAUCAUCGGGCUCGAAAGACUUAUGCUGGAAUCAUCGGGCUUUGACUUUCGCACACACCAUCCUCAGAAGAUCUUAGCAAAGCUUGUUCAUCACUACAAUCUGCCCAAGCUUUCCGAGGUCUCUGAUCUCGCGUACCGCAUCUCAUUGGAUCUCUACCGAACUUUUGCACCAGUUAAGCAGACCUCAUCGACUACGGCGUUUAGUUGCCUCGAGCUUGCAGGUCGUCUCCUGGACCAGCGUCUUCAUCCUCUGGAGUCUGGUACGGACUACGCACAGUGGAACACUAGCCGCCAAUCUGUCAUGGAAACACUCUUUGAUCUCUUGGAACUCUACACCCACCAUCGCUCAGCAACCUCAGUUGGACCUCACUUCCCUCCCGACCGAUUUUUGACCGUACGGAUCCCGUUGAACCAAGAAGCAGACUCUCAGUGUAUACCACGUUACGCGAACUGGGUUGAUCGGCCUCGUCAGCCGCGGGAAAGUUCCAAGCCUUCAAAUGGCGCGUCCAAACAAACAGAAGCCGAGCGACCUCACCACCCCUUGACGCCCGUUGCUGCCAAUGGGGAUCGUCAUAGCGGCGAACGCGGCCGUGAGGCCGCGGUCCGUUUUAUGCUCGACCCAACGUGUGCGGAGAGCGAAAAGAAAAAAGUUGAAGAGUACUUUAAGGUGGAGAUGGAGGAAUAUGAAGCAGAAGAGUAA